GAAAUAUUAGUGGAGCCGACCCGUCCAUGGACAACCCCUGGGGGUCCACUAGAAGUUACUACCUCCGAUGCACCCGAAGGCGACACACCCAAUACCACCAAAGUGAAGACCGACGCACAAUGGCAACUUGACAAAGCUAAACAAGAGCAUCGACUUCUGUUAAACAAACGGGCCAAAAGGGACCGUCUAGACGAAUCUAAGGCCUUUGGGGAUCGGGCCUUCAGGUACAGCAUGCGUGACACCAGUGACAUCGAUGACGCUCACCAAAAGAUCGUCGACAAUCGCUACCGACAUGUGGAAACGAGAGUGAAGAGACACAAAUCGAGGCCAGCAGGCGCAUGGAGACUGCGAAAUGUGGAGUAUGAUCGAGGAGGAAUGCAUGUGGAUGUGCAGGUUCUUGGAGAGCAAAUGGUCAGGGGAAGGAAUGGAUUACUAAAACGCGCAAACAACUAUGAUGUCAACAGCGGGAGUGGUGAACUUGGCGUUGGAGGAGCAGCUAGGAGUCCAGGUGGCUCGAUUAUGUCCUACUUGAAAAAAGAAGACGGUGGACACUUGCAUUCCUUGCAAGAAGGUUCGUCCAUGCAAGAGCUGUCGUGUUUGCGGGAAGAGCAGUCGAAGGUGUCCAGCACUGGACCUGGAGGAAUCUCGUCUACCUCACCUUACCUUAAAACACCAGGAGAACAGCCUCCUAGAAGAAGGUAUGCUUCCCCACUGCUUCCAGGGCUGAUGAGAAAGACUGAAGAUGCCGAAGAAGAACGUGUAGGAGAUGCUCUUUACAUCGUAGACGCUGAAGGCGAAAGUGCAG